AUGAACCCUGCAAACAUCUUCCAGAGAAUUUCCAGUGGAGUUUCUGGACGACCAUUCAAGGACAGGGUGAUUCACUUGUUGGCUCUGAAGAAUUACAAGAAGCCAGAGUUACUUAAUCACUUGCAGAGAGAUGGAGUCAUGCAAAAGGACAGGGAUUCCCUUGAAAUGAUCCUUCAGCGGGUAGCCAACCUGAAUGCAAAGGAUAAUUCCUUCAGUCUGAAGGAACAUUUAUUUAAAGACAUUCAGAAAGAUUGGCCUGGCUACACUGAAGUAGACAGACAGGUUUUGGAGAUAAGACUUUUUAGAAAAUCAGCUUCCUCUCAGAAUGCCACCAGCACCAGCCAUUUGACACCUCGGGGACCUUCUGAUACAGAUGCUCCAUCAAGAACUUCUGAGAAUGUGGACUUCUUUCAGCAGCUGGCGCAGAGCCAUGUCUGGCACUCCUGGACCCAGCUUCCAAUGUACAUGGAUAAACGGCCUCUGGAUUCCAAUUUCACCUUCCCUGUGGUGAGCAAAAAGCAGAGAAUUGGUCGCCUGGCCAGUCGAGUCCGGCCAGCAGCCGGUGGCCUCAGUCCUGCUUCCUCAACACUGCCUCCCACAGUCCUUCGGACUUCUAACACAUCUGAAACUGUCAGCUCUAUUUUCCCCUGCACCUCCGAGGUGCAACAAAAGGAUAUUAUGCCUCAGACUCCUUUUGGAAUCCCAGCACCUGCCCCGAUGCAGGGGGAGUCUCCCAAGCCUAGAGAGAAGAAAGAAGACCGAAAGAGGCUGAAAACAUCCCAGCCUUUGGAUUUCACUGAAGGAGUUAAAGAAACUUACACUGCCUCCACAGACACUGUGUCAUCAAGGGAACAAUCAGACGACUUCAUCUGUGGACCCUUGCAACUCAAUGACCCAGGUUCUGCCCAGGAUAAAGUUACAGUAGGUGGAACAAGCAGUAACGAUGAGAUGACCAGAGAGCGCCUGACCCAGGCAGAAAAGGAGCCAUGCAAUCAAAAUACAAAGGUCAUUAGACCUCAUGGACGACUUUUAGGAAGAAAAGCAGAGGUCAGAAGAGUCCCACAACACACUCCAGAUGCUGUGCCUAAGAGAAAAAGAACAACACCCAUGAACCCUGAAAAUGUCCACUGCAGUCGUUGCAAUGCUGUAUAUCGCAGACCAUUCAGGGACAGGGUGAUUCACUUGCUGGCUCUGAGGAAUUACAAGAAGCCAGAGUUACUUGAUCGCUUGCUGAGAGAUGGAAUAAUGCAAAAGGACAGGGGUACUCUUGGAAAGAUCCUUCAGCAGGUAGCCAACCUGAAUGCAAAGGAUAAUUCCUUCAGUCUGAAGGAACAUUUAUUUAAAGACAUUCAGAAAGAUUGGCCUGGCUACACUGAAGUAGACAGACAGGUUUUGGAGAUAAGACUUUUUAGAAAAUCAGCUUCCUCUCAGAAUGCCACCAGCACCAGCCAUUUAACACCUCGGGGACCUUCUGAUACAGAUGCUCCAUCAAGAACUUCUGAGAAACGGCCUCUGGAUUCCAAUUUCACCUUCCCUGUGGUGAGCAAAAAGCAGAGAAUUGGUCGCCUGGCCAGUCGAGUCCAGCCAGCAGCCGGUGGCCUCAGUCCUGCUUCCUCAACACUGCCUCCCACAGUCCUUCGGACUUCUAACACAUCUGAAACUGUCAGCUCUAUUUUCCCCUGCACCUCCGAGGUGCAACAAAAGGAUAUUAUGCCUCAGACUCCUUUUGGAACUCCAGUGCAUGGGGUUAAAGAAACUUUCACUGCCUCCGCAGACCCUGUGUCAUCAAGGGAACAACCAGACUACUUCAUAAAAUACACAGCUAUAGUGUCCUAUGAACAACGCCAGAGCUACAAGGAUGACUUCAAUGCAGAGUAUGGUGAAUACCAGAAUUUGUUGGCUCAGACAGACAACCUUGCCAAGAAAUUCGGGAAGUUUAAUGAACAACAGAAGUUUGUGACUCAGGGGUCCACAGAAUAUCAGAUGCUUUGUUGUCAAGUCCUGGCAGAGCAUCAGAAGAUACAACAGUGUAGCCCCACCUACUCUGAAUUGAAGAAGAGAUGUCAGUACCUACACAAUAAGCUGUCUCACAUUAAGAGACUAAUACAAGAAUUUGACAAACAGCAAGAGGAGUCCUGUAACCAGUUGUCUGCUUUGGCCAGGACACAUCUAUGAGCUGUGGCAUAUUUAUUUAGUUCCCCUAGGAUUCUUUAUCUUAAUAUUGGACAUUAGCUUGUUUGUUUAAAACUGAAGAUUAGCUUCUAUAGGAUUAUAUAAGUUGGUAUUGAGCAGUAGGUUGUUUAUUUAAAAAACAAUAUCCAGUUCCUUUAAUUGUAUAUAAGAUAGUAUUUCAUGUUUUCAUUAAAGAAUUUUCAGUACUGUUAACUCCUUGUGGUGAUGUUGCUUAUAUGAUAUUCGAAGCUGCUUUUUUCUGGUCCCUCUUUUUCUUCGAGGCUUAGGCUGUCCAUUGAAAGAAUU